GGUCACGAUGUGUACAGUGCGCGCGCGCACUUUGGUGGUGACGUCCCAAUGUUUUGCUUGGGAUGCGCGCACACGUGAGCGCUCAGGUCUUGUUGCUUUCACUGCUGGAGUUAAAUUAAUCCACUCACACCUGUGAGGAUCUCCCUGUUUGGGCUGUGAGCAGAUGGACAAAUAAACUAUCGUGGGACAUUUCUGCAGUGCUAAGGAUCAGCUGUACGCUGUGAGAAACCAUCAUCCUGAAGUGCCUGAGGUUUUGUCACUCAGCCCCAUCCCCUGUUGUCAUGGCACCCAAGGACAUCAUGACCAAUUCGCAUGCUAAAUCCAUCUUGAACGCCAUGAAUGCCCUACGAAAGAGCAACACACUAUGUGACAUCACUCUGAGGGUGGAGAGCACAGAUUUUCCAGCCCACCGCAUCGUACUGGCUGCCUGCAGUGAUUACUUCUGUGCCAUGUUCACGAGUGAGCUUGCCGAAAAAGGGAAGUCGUUUGUGGACAUUCAGGGCCUGACUGCAUCCACCAUGGAGAUCCUGCUGGAUUUUGUUUACACUGAGACAGUGCUGGUUACUGUGGAAAAUGUGCAGGAGCUGUUGCCCGCUGCCUGUCUACUGCAACUUAAAGGUGUGAAGAGAGCAUGCUGUGAUUUUCUUAACAGUCAGUUGGAUCCUUCAAAUUGUUUGGGAAUCAGAGACUUUGCAGAAACACACAACUGCCUGGACUUGAUGCAGGCGGCAGAGCUCUUUUCACAGAAGCACUUUGCUGAGGUAGUCCAACAGGAAGAGUUCAUGCUGCUCAGUCAAAGCGAAGUGGAGAAACUCAUCAAAUGUGAUGAGAUCCAGGUUGACUCAGAGGAGCCAGUAUUCGAAGCCGUUUUAAAUUGGGUAAAGCACAACCGAAAGGAGCGAGAGCUGUACCUAUCCGAUCUGCUGGAGUAUGUUCGCAUGCCGCUCCUCACCCCUCGAUACAUCACAGAUGUCAUUGACAUGGAGCCAUUGAUACGCUGCAGUUUACCAUGUCGAGAUUUGGUGGAUGAAGCAAAGAAGUUUCACCUUCGGCCAGAGUUGCGCAGCGAGAUGCAGAGUCCCCGAACCCAAGCAAGACUCGGUGCCAAAGAGGUCCUUUUGGUAAUUGGAGGAUUUGGCAGCCAACAGUCACCCAUUGAUGUUGUAGAGAAAUAUGAUCCCAAAACUCGAGAAUGGAGCUUUCUGCCUAAUAUUGCAAGGAAGCGACGCUACGUUGCCACUGUCGCCCUCAAUGAUCGUGUUUAUGUUAUUGGCGGGUACGAUGGCCGAUCGCGGCUGAGUUCAGUUGAGUGUUUGGACUACACAGCAGAUGAAGAUGGAGUCUGGUACUCUGUUGCUACAAUGAAUGUGCGACGAGGACUUGCAGGAGCUACGACCCUUGGAGACAUGAUCUAUGUUGCGGGUGGAUUCGAUGGUAGCCGACGUCACACAAGCAUGGAACGUUAUGACCCAAAUAUUGACCAGUGGAGCAUGCUUGGAGAUAUGCAGACUGCCAGGGAGGGAGCUGGACUUGUGGUAGCCAGUGGACUUAUCUACUGUUUAGGAGGCUACGACGGUCUGAACAUUCUGAAUUCUGUAGAGCGGUAUGACCCUCAUACGGGGCACUGGACCAGCGUCACUCCCAUGGCAAACAAGCGUUCAGGUGCUGGUGUGGCUCUGCUGAAUGAUCACAUUUAUGUCGUCGGAGGGUUUGAUGGAACGGCACACCUGUCUUCUGUAGAAGUCUAUAAUAUCCGCACAGACUAUUGGGCCACUGUGGCCAAUAUGACGACACCACGCUGCUAUGUGGGAGCCACAGUCCUGAGAGGUCGCCUUUAUGCGAUAGCAGGUGUCAUUUUUCUGUCCAGAUAUGAUGGUAACUCCCUGCUCAGCAGCAUUGAAUGUUACGACCCUGUGAUCGACAGCUGGGAGGUGGUGACUUCCAUGGCUACACAGCGUUGUGAUGCGGGCGUGUGUGUGCUUAGAGAAAAAUGAGAAAAGAUAGGAGUCUGAAAUGGAGACGCUUGUUAUCUGGAUGCUGAAAUGCUGCUCAGCGAAGCAUCAGGACCCAUUGGCAGCCUUUUUAUGACUCCCUCCACUUUUUUGACUCAAACUUUGUUGCCAUCUGAGAUCAGUCAUUCUUUUCUCCCCAAAACUUGAUGAUGCUGACAGCUGGGCCCUAUAAAGUGCAAUAUAAUAAUCUACUCACAGAGACGUGUGUAUGCCUUCGUGUCCAUGUGACUGAAUCCUUUCUACAUAAAGACUGACUGAAGGAGAAAAUAUGACCAGAAUCAUCAAGAUGUCACGGGUGCUUCAUGUGAUUUCGUUCAUUAUCUUUAAUGUCCGUUCUGAUGUUAUCUCUGACAGUUCUCAGUCUCUGGUCGCUGGGGCUGCACCCUUUGACUCAAACUCUUUAUCAAUGUGCCUGACGCACCGGGAUUUUUUCAUUAUCAUGUACAGAGCCGUCAUAAAGAUGCCACAAUGCCAGUGUGCUGGUGUUUUAUAUGUUUAAAAGGGUGUGAAUCAGAAUGAACGAGUGGAUAAAGCUGUGCUCUCAGUACAAAACUGAGCUUAUUUUUGCUUGUUAAGUACUGGCAUAUUGGCACAUUAAUGUGAAUGAAGGAUAAUUUGCAUGGUGAAUGAUGUUCUGCAGUACAUUAUUGACGUGUUAUGUUGUUUUAAUGGUGUGACUAUGAUAAAGACAAUAAAGGAGAUGUCUGUUUAUCAUGUAACAAAA